AUGGCGCUCACCAACCCGUCCUCCGCGGACUCAUCUCGCCCUGCCCACCAUCCCUCACACCACCACCGCCAGUUGUCACCAGAAGAACGUUCCCGAAUCCUCAAACGGAAACUGAUCUCUCUCUUCGGUUCCGUCGCAGUCGCCCUAUCCGCCGGUUCCAACUAUGCUUUUUCCUCUUUCGCUCCUCAACUCCAAGAAUCCCUCCACCUGACCUCCACUCAGAUCAACCUAAUCGGUAUCGCCGGCAACGCAGGCGUCUAUCUCUCGUCCCCACUCUGGGGCCGGUUUAUCGACAAGCGUGGACCUCAAACCGCCCUGAUCUCCGCCGCGAUUCUCGUUCCACUCGGCUACGCUGGGUUAUCCGCAUCUUAUAACCGCGACUGGUCGCUACACUCAACCUCGAUGCUGUUCUUCCUGAACCUGUUAACGGGGUUGGGGAAUAGUGGAGGAUUGACAGCAGCAAUGAACGCCCAAGCUAAAUCUUGGGGUGGGAGUAGGAGGGGUACGGCUACAGCGUUGGUGUUGUCAGGAUUCGGAUUGAGUGCGUUCUUUUAUUCGACGUUAUCGCAUUUGUUGUUUCCGGGGAAUACGGGGGAUUAUUUGUUGUUGUUGGCGUUAGGAAGUAUGACGAGUAUGUUGAUUGGGUUGGGGUUGAUUAAGAUUGUUCCGCCUACGGAGCAUUUGGAAGGCGAAAGGGAGGAGGCAGUUAGGAGGAGCGGUCAGGAUUCGAGUUUGAGAUAUCUAAGGAGAAGGACAAGUAGUGAUAUUGAAGCUAGGGCUACUAUUUGGCAGGAACCAGAGGUUGAGGAUGCCACUGAUGAUGAAUCUGAGCAGACUCCAGAAGCUUCUCACACCGCAAGAGAAACAGCAGUAGACGAGGAGAGGAGAGGAGAGGUAGAGGUGGAUCCAGAAUCACAAGGCCUUCUCUCAGGUAUAGACGAAUCCAAACGUGGUGUUCGAGCAGAGAUCGACCCGCAUCAAAUCGAUAUCUCUGGUCGACGAUUGUUCAAACAAAUGGACUUCUAUCUCAUCUUUGGCGUAAUGACACUCGUCUCCGGCGCCGGACUCCUCCUCAUCAAUAAUGUCGGAACAAUCACAAAGACUCUUUGGGACUACAACCAUCGGGAUCAACCUCUUCUUGUCGCUGCUGAUAACUCCGACCUUCUCCGUCCCCGCUCUACCACCAACUCCAAAUUCACCUCUAUGAAGCUCUCCGCCAAGAGCUCUGUUCAGCAGAUGCAAGCGCGCCAAGUCUCCGCCAUUUCCCUAUGCAAUUUCUCCGGUCGCAUCAUCAUCGGCCUCCUGUCGGAUUGGCUAGUCAAUCACACCUCUUCCCCCGCCAAUCGAGUUUGGCUUCUUAUCGUUGUAACAACCCUCGCUCUCGCCUCCCAGUUACUCGCCGCAUUCCCAGGGGCAAUUUCCACCGUCGAUAGCCUCUUCGCCAUCUCUACCCUGACCGGUCUUGCAUACGGAACACUCUUCGGCGUGUGUCCUACGUUGGUUUUCGAAUGGUUCGGGAUGAAGCAUUUCUCUCAAAACUACGGUUUUGUUUCCCUAUCCCCCGUCGUAGCAGGAAACAUCUUCAACCUGUUGUUUGGCAGGAUUUACGAUUCUCAUGUUCCUCAAGAUACAACUAUUCUAAGGGUAAUCGGCCAAGCGAUUCGGGAGUUGAAGGGUGGAAAGGGGAGGGAUGAUCACCCAGCACAAAGACAUUUAUGUAUGGAUGGCGAGGAAUGUUAUCGCCAGGUAUUCGUGGCGACUAGUGUUGGAUGUGGAGUGGCGGUGGUGCUGAGUUUAGUGCUGAUUGGGAGAAGGGCGAAGAGCUUGCCUACUUUCCUUAGCAGAUAG